GAAGAAAAUCCAUGCAAGGCUCUGCAGGAUUUAAAGGAAAUGGAUAAGAUUGAAGCUCUUAUUUUGGAUCUAACCACAGCUACAAACAGACAAUUGAACGUUGAAAUAUUUGAAAAGCUGUCGAAGUUGAGAUUACUUGAGAUAAUUGGUCCUUGCUACUUGCAUGGAAGUUUCAAAAAUAUAUUUCACGAAUUAAGGUGCAUUCGAUGGGAUUAUUGUCCAGGGAGGUGUUUACCUUCCGAUCUACGUCCACAACUGCUUGUCUCUCUUGAAAUGCCGGACAGUGAAUUCACCACAUUGUGGAAAGGGGCCAUGUCUCUGGUAAACUUGAAGAUUUUGGACGUCAGCGGUUCAAAGCACCUGAAAGCUGCUCCUAAUUUUGGAAAUGCAAAAAAGGUGGAGAAGUUAUUGUUUAGUGAUUGUACAAGCUUACAAAAAGUUCAUCCAACAAUUGGAGUGUUAAGUAAUUUAAAGCAUUUGGACUUGUACGGCUGCGAGCAGUUGAUAGAAUUGCCCGACACAAUUGGACAGUUAACGAAAUUGGAUUAUUUGAAUGUGAGUGAUUGUGUGAAUUUGACACAGUUGCCCGAGCCUAUCACACAGUUGACUAACUUGAGCUGUUUAUAUAUGGACGGCUGCCGCAAUGUGAAACGAUUGCCGGAGCAGUUGGGUGAUAUCAAAGUUCUAAAGAAGCUUUCUGCAUGUGAUACAGGAAUCGAGAAACUGCCUGAUUCAAUCACUCAAAUGAAAGGAUUGGUUCAGUUGGACUUGAGCCGUUGCAGGAAUCUUAAAAAGUUACCUGAGCAUUUUGGUGAUUUGGAAGGCUUGGAGCUGUUUGGUGCAUGUGAUACUGCACUUGAAGAACUGCCCGAUUCGUUUGUAUGCCUUAAUAAUUUGGUUCACAUGAAUUUGAGUAGCUGCAAAAACCUUAUAAAUCUUCCAGAUGGGAUAGGGAAGUUGAAGUUGCUUAAAGAAAUAGAUUUGGGAAGCUGUUCAAAACUGAAGCGACUGCCUGAGGAUAUUGGGAAGCUACCAUGCUUACAAGAGCUUGAUGCUCAGUACACCGCGAUCGAAAAACUACCUGAUUCAAUUGGACAACUGGGUAGCUUAAAACGUUUAAUGUUGAGUUGCUGCAGGAGGCUUACAUGGCUGCCUGAUAGCAUCGGAAAUCUUACAUCACUUAGAUCAUUGCACCUUGAGGGCAGCAGUAUAAUCAAAUGGCCCGAAACGGCUAAAAGAAUGAGGUUGCGAUGUUUAACAGCAUGUACUACGGAAUUAUGGCUGCCGGUGAUUCAAAGUCUUUCUUGUUUGAAAGAAUUAUAUCUCAGUGAUGAGGGCCAUGGAUUCUCUUCAACCAAACCAUUUAGUCUUUCAAAGCUUCUCAACCUAAACACUUUUUCAUGUAAAAAUUUAGGGUCAUCCCUUCCAGAACUUCCUCUGAAUAUAAAACAUUUACGGGUAGAAGAUGCCUCUACACUGGAACAACUGCCCGAUUUAUCCAGCUAUAAAAAACUAUGGAGAUUAGUGAUAAGGAGAUGCAUGAGCCUUCAAGUACUUGCCUUACUUCCUCCUCAUCUUGAGGACUUGGUUGUUUCUAAGUGCAACAGCCUACAAAAUCCACCAGAUCUUUCAUUGUUGAAGAAAUUGAGAUAUUUGCGUAUUGUUGAGUGCAACAGUGUGAAAUCAGUUUGUUUUGAAGAGAGAUUACUUCAGGCCUCAAUUACAGCUGAUAUACCAAACAAGGAGAUACCAGGAUGGUUUAAGUAUCGAUGCAAUGGAUGUACACUCUCUUUUAAUUUCCCACCAAUUUUGGAAGAUAGUCACUUUCAUCUGACACUCUGGGUUGUUUAUAAAAUUAUAAACAUCGAUGACCCACAACGUUGCAUUAGAGCUGUUAUUAGCAAUGAAACACAGGGUAUAACCAAAAACUAUCACAUGGAUUUACCUCCUGAUCAAGGGGGCAUACUACAGUCCAAGGUAGGAUGGUUAAGCAGAAACUUCAUCUCACUAGAAGGUGGAGAUAGGAUUACCAUUUUAUUCCAAAGCUCGAUAUAUCAUUUUUGGGAAGAAGUCGGUUCAGGAGAAGUGACGGUGGAGAUGUGCGGAGUUCAUGUAAUGACUGGAGUUUAAAUGUGGUUUUCCUCAUCAUCUCUCCCUGAUUAUGUAUUGUACUCUUUUGUCUGUAAAAUAAGUGUAUACAAGGUUUUUUUCUUUCCAAUUUUGAGUAAGGUCUGUAUUAAAUUUUUCAUUAUUUCUAAUAACGCAUUUGCCAUUAAUUAGUUUUAUCA